CAACGUCGGGGCUGGGUGUACUGGGUUGUUCGUUCUCCCUCCCACAUCGCUCCAUGUGCCUGGCAGUUGAUGACGCGCACAGGUGCAUAGGGAAAAAGUUUUGUGAUAAGCUCGCUUGUGAAACUGCUGUCUGGUGCGGCACCACUGGGCAAGAUAGAAGCGAAGCGCUUUCCAGCUGACUGUAAUGUUGAACGGGCGAGAAAUGAACAGGUAGAGAACGCGAGCUGGAAUACCAACCCAGGGAGGCACGUAUAUGCACCACUCAGAGACAUGUUUCCAAGCGGUAUAUCGCGGGAGAGCCAGUAGCACGAGCCUCGGAUACACCUUGAAGCCACGUGGAGACAGGAGAAGACCACGUUCUUCAAGUUGACCGCUGCCUUCGCAUCGAUAUCUAGAGACAAGCCGGAGGACUCAACAUGGACGUGUAUCGUGCUAUUUACGGCCUUGCUGUCUUGGCGAUGUCAUUGAUUUCUACGUCCAGUGGUAAUCGAGGUGUGGACACGCUCUCCUACGAAGACCAGCUUGUGAAACAGAUUCUCCACAAGUAUCGUGUGCGCGGAAAAUACAGUCGCCCAGUUCGGCAUUUCAACGACACUCUUAAAGUCACCUUUGGCAUACAAUUGACGCAGAUCAUGGACUUGAACGAGCAGGAUCAGAUACUAACGCUGAAUGUGUGGGACAUUUACUGGUGGAAAGAUGAGCAGGCAACGUGGAACAUGACCGAAUAUGGCGGCGUCGACAAGGUGCGCAUACCCUGGAACAAAGUCUGGUUGCCAGACAUCAAGCUGUACAACUACGCUGACUACCGCCUGCAAGAACAGCGGACGGUGUUGUGUGUGUUCCACCAUGAUGGCCGAGUUCAGUGGAUGCCCCAGGCUGUGUACCGCAGCUCUUGUCAGAUCGACGUUACGACCUUUCCAUUUGAUGUUCAGUCGUGUAUUUUGAAAUUCGGAUCCUGGACCUAUGACGGUAACAAGCUUGAAGUUCAUUUCAACGAAGAUAAAGACUAUAUAGAUCUUACAGAGUACGUGACCAGCAACGCCUGGACCAUCAUUGACGUCCCUGCGAAACGCAACGUCAAGUUCUACAGCUGCUGCCCUGAGCCCUACGUGGACCUGACCUUCACCUUGAUCUUCCAGAGACGAGCCACCCUGUAUAACUACAUCCUGAUUCUGCCGUGUGUCCUUCUCACCUCCAUCACCCUCAUCCUCUUCUGGAUUCCCCCGGAAUCACCCGCAAAGAUGAUGUUAGGUUUAACUAUCUUCAUUGCCUUCUUCAUUCUGCUGAAAAUCUUGGAGAAGAACCUUCCACCCGGCACAUCCAGCAUGCCCUUGAUAGGUACUUACUACUGCCUCAACAUGAUCAUCAUCACCCUAUCAUCAUUCCUCAAUGUGCUGGUGGUCAACUGGGCGGCAUAUGGUCAGAGAGCAAACAUUCCUCCUCCCAUGAAGGCGGUUCUGUUUGAUGUAUGCGCUAAGGUGCUGCACAUGGAAGACCUUGUUCGACCAUUCCAGAAGAAGGACAGAGGAGAGGAGGCAGCGGCAACAACCAGUAACCCUGGAGAGGAGGACACCAAGUGGAGCCAAGAUCCCAUGGCUUCAACUGAAGUGCUUACGCAUCUAAAAUGCACCCAUGCCACAGGUCCAAUUGCUUCUAUUGACGCCAAACUUGGAGAACUUCGAGAGUUUAUUCGUGCUCACAAACAACGUUUGGCGGACAAAGAUCGCCGCGAAAGUAUGGUGAAAGAAUGGAAGGCUUCAGCUUUGAUCCUCGACAGAAUUAUCUUUGUCGUUUACUUCCUUAUAAUAGUAACCUCCUUGGCUGUCAUCUUGCCAUCUAUUGUCUACAGUGCUGAUUACCAGAGCACAAGACUUAAAGAGGCAUUUAAUAUACAGGAAUAAGACGCUUAUGAUAAAUAUGCGAGGCUCUUGUGGUAUUGUCUUCAGGCGGUCACUUUCAUACCCUUCAUAUGAUGAUAUGAUGGUUGCACAAACACAGGGCAGAUAUUAGCCGGUCUUCACAAACAUUUAGAAAGAGAGACCUUCCAACUGUUGCUUAUCAGGAAAGAACAGGUGUUUACGUUAACGCACAUCUUUGUUGUUACUAGCCAAGGCGUUUGAAUACAGUAUUGAGCCAUGAUGGACACAAACAACUGAAGAAUAUGCUUGUCUAAUUCAAAUCAGCACUUAUCUGUAUGAAUGCGUAGUGAGAAUAUUGGAUAUGUGCAGUGGGACAUGUUAUGCGCGAGUGCUGGUUGUUUGGGACGAGACUGGGAUUGAUAAGGAUAUUUUUUGUGGCUGGGCAAUGUUAAUCGGAUCGUGGUUGGGUAGGAAGAGACACACAGAAUGAGAUUGGUGUUUUGUGUGGUAGGGCAAAGUAAGUCGGAUGUUAGAUCGUAUUAUGGGGCCCUCAGGGCGUGAUUGUGUGACGCGAGAAUUCAGCAUGUUGGCUGUACGACAGGAAUCCAACAUCUGAAUGUAAGUUGCGUGAUAGGGGACAUUCUUUCAGUGAAUGUUUGUUUUGCAGUACAACGCAAAAAAGGUCAUGAAUGAUAGUUUAGAGGUAAGGACUUCCACACUGUGAAUGGUGGUUCAGUGGCUGCAGACAUUCAACGGUUGAAUGUUUGGUAAGGGAAUCCACAUUGUGAAAGGUGGUUCAGUGGCUGCAGACAUUCAACGGUUGAAUGUGUGGUACGGAAAUCCACACUGUGAAUGGUGGUUCAGUGGCUGCAGACAUUCAACGGUUGAAUGUGUGGUAAGGAAAUCCACACUGUGAAUGGUGGUUCAGUGGCUGCAGACAUUCAAAGGUUGAAUGCGGUAAGGGACUCGUAGAAUGCUAACUUGGCUUUGCGAGACGGGGCGUGUUGAUUGUGAAUAUUGAUAGUGCAGUGGGUGGCAUUCAGGACGUGGGCUUUGGCUGUGUAGAACAGGCGUGAACGGGUUUUACAUCAAUGAAGACACAGAAAUUGUUCAAAUCGUUUUACAGAGAACGCUGUGCACUCUUCACAGUAAAACCGCCCAAUUUCAUGGGUCUGGUGCAGGAAAAUCUCCUAUGACCAACUUGGGAUAAUAUUAUUAACUAUGCAUAGCGGAGAAACUACUUUUUGGCAUGUUUAUGUUUACUUAAUUCUGGAUAGUUCUCUGUCUUGAAUAGACCGUAUUGCACAGAAUGGUUUAUGCAAAUAUGUUGUCAGUAUUUAAUUGUAUGCGGCACGUAAGGCCGUUGUGUUACCCGUUAUCGAGGUAUGAUUUGUCUGAUUGUAUGCCUGGAAGUGAAAGAAUGACGUCAGCGGUGCAUGGUGUGUGUUUUUCUUGUACAGAUUGAUGCAUUGUUACCCUUAUUUAGCGGGGAAAAAUCAACGACAUUUGUAGUUUUGAUACUGGUCAAAUCCUAAUUUAGAUUUAGAAGUAUGACUUCAGGACAAAAUGUAGUCUGUUUAAUUUAAAUAUGUAUAAAUAGAACCCUUAAGCUUUUGAAGCGUGUUUACAUGGUUUUUUUCUAGAACGGACAUUGUGAUGUUAUUGUCAUUGAACUAUGUAUGUACAUAUAUGUAAAUACAAACUAUGUGUUUUCUUUAUGGUUACUUGGUAAGCCAUCAUGUAAAUGUAUUUUCCACUUUUUUCCACAAAUCAAGGAAAGCUAUGCCAAUUGCAGAAGCUUCACCUACACAUGAUGUCACAGUUUCACAUUGACCUUCACUAUGAUAGUUCAAGAUUGAGACCUUUUGUCAGUUGUCACUGAUAUAAACAUGCAGCGUUAUAUAUGUAUCGGACAUACUUAGAAUCACGAGAAGACGGUAUUUGUUGUUGCAUAGAUGAUUUGUCGUGAUGUCGGUGGGGAAGUAGUAUCGCAUAAAGGCUCAACGCUUACAUGUGUACUCAGGGGUUGGUCGAGAUAGCCAAGUGGUUCAGCGUUGUCUCAUCAAGCCCAAGACCGGGUUUCAUUCCCAUACGGUAGUAAAGUCCAUUCGUUGCCUCCCCGCCGUGAUAUCACUGAAAUAUUGAUGAAAGCGGCAUAAAACGUUUUUUUACUCACAUGUGUACUCUGGUUUAUUUCAAGACAAAUCUGGUUGACAUUUAUAUAUUUGUUUCCCUCAACGGUUGUCUGUUUCUACCCAUUAGAAGAUUAUUUUGACUAACACAUAUGGUAUGAACCCUUUGUACGUGGGAGUUUCUUUUUUGUACAUUGUUAAACUAUUGAUUUGUGUUCUUCUGCCAGAGUAUACUAUAUUAUAGGGGUACUGUUUGCAUUCCACUACCAUACAGCUAUAGAACUCAUUAUAGUGCUCUUCCAUGGCUUGCUUGCGUUUGUCUCUGACAGCUUUGUCAAACGAGAACAGCAACAUAUUAAAAAGUGAUAUGGUCAGCACGACUUAACCUUUCAUACGCAUUCGUUAUGAGAUGAUAAUGUGUAUAUUACACUAUAGUUUUCAUUCA